AAGUUUCAUAACUUUGCAAGAUAAUGAAUCAUUAUAUAUAAGGAAUAAAAAAUAAGCCUCGUUCAGUUCAGUCAGAAGGGUCAAAAUGAAGCAAAGUUUGGUUUUGUUCGCUUUAAUAGCUGUCGGGAGCGCUAGCAUAUGGGAAGGCGGAUUUAGAGUAAGAUUCGACGUCGGCGACGACAUAGGCGGUAGCUUCUUCUACGAUAUUCCUCGCACGCUCACGGACGCCGUAUCCAAUGGAUGGGUAUCACAGACCCAACCAGACGGUCUGCCAGUCACUUCUGUCUCCAUGUAUUGCUACUCUGACAACAUCGUCUGUUGCUUCUAUGAUGCCAAUGGUGAUGUUGCUGGCAUGCAGGUUGCUCUGCCAAAAGACAAAUUCACCCCUCACUACGAAGACAUGGAUGCAGUUGGAUUCACUAACUGGGCAGUUGAUAGUGUUGAAUACUAUACUCUGCAGCAGUAUUUUACCACUGAAGAAAUCCUUAGUAGUCAUGCGAAGCGGAAUGAGAACAAGAUUACUGAGAAUGGCGGCGUGUGGGUCGUGGGAACCAACAAAGAGGUGGUAUUCAUCUCCAACUCUACCACUGAGCUCGCUGGUGGAGGUGUCUUUACUGAACAAGGCUGUUUUUAUUCGAUGGGCCGCCACUACUACUACAAGAUGGACUCCUGGAGUUUGAGUUGCGACGAGCCCCUUUUCCCCUGGUUCGCCAUGAUGGAGUCCGGUGAACUCACCGCUACAGGCCUAAUGGUCUUCGGAGAGCUGAACCUGGACCUAGAAACUGGUGCUAGAAACUGGUUUGAGAAUCCUCCGGAAUCUGCUGUGAGGGGGGUCAUUACUUCUGCUCCAGAGUGCUUUUACUCGUUAAUUGCUAGCCCCGGAGGUGUCGUGAUGCAUAUCUACUAUAUCGACCAGCCGUGGCUGAUUUCCUGCAUGUUCCAGUAGACUACUAGACCAGAGCUUUAGGCCUGAUUUAGACGGCGUGCGAACUCGCAUGCGAUUUAAGUUACAUUGCGGGCUGUUGAGGUUGCAUACAAUUUUGCACAGCCAUCAAAUACCGCAAUGUAAUUGGUAUAUACGUAGGUAUACUUAUGUAUAGAUAUAGAGGGUAGAUUAGAACUAGUCUUGCAAUAAACGAUUACACCGAG